CAAACAAUUCAGGGUGUGGAAGACGUUUUUGUUGUUUUCCGAAUAAUAUGGUGGAUAGCAAAUUAUUGGAAUGAUGAAAAUUAGUCUGUUGUGAAACUAUAAUUCAUUUAUGUUUAUUAUCAGAUAACAGUUAUGUGAUAAAGCACAAUGAUCCUGUUCAUACACCGAUGUGUAGAGGAAUUGGCGAAUUAUAUGCAAGACUAAUUGACACAUACUGCUUUAUCUUCAACCUCCGAGGUCUUACCGAAAGGCAGCAAGAUGACUCACACUUACCUUGGAAAAUACAUUUGCUUUAUGUUUAUAUACUCUGCGUUGGCCAGUAACCCAGGCAGUGGUUGUCAUAGUAUUAAAGAACAUGUGAUAGCUGAACAUUUGGCAACAAAGACACCUUACCGGUUUGUGAUGAACUCAAACGAUAAGCCCAUAAACAUACCAGGGUGUGAGCCACAACGUAUUUGGUUAUUAAUACGUCAUGGAACACGUUAUCCUGGUCGCCAAAUGAUAUUCAAAAUGACUACACAGUUGUCAGAAUUAAGAGAUAUCAUUGUCAUUGGCUAUAGGGGAAAAAAAGAAUAUGGACCAGACCAUAUUUGUGCAAAGGAUAUUGGAAGACUGAAAGCAUGGAAUCUUAAUGUACAAGAAUCACAAGAAAAACAUUUGGCCCAUGAAGGAGAAGAUGAAAUGAUAGAAUUAGCAGAAAGAUUCCAGAACCGAUUUCCUAAACUAUUUCCUGGACAUUUUGACAACAACACCUAUAAGUUUCAAUAUACGGCAACUCAGCGAACUGGUGAAAGUGCUCGAUAUUUUACUAUAGGGCUGUUUGGACGGAGUGGCAGUCUGCACGUGUGGUUUCCAGAGCCACUUGCUAAAGAUCCAGUGCUGAGGUUUUACAAAUUGUGUGAUCGUUGGCGUACACAAGUUGAUAAGAAUCCAGCUACAGUUCUACAGAAAAGGAAAUUUGAAAGAGGUCCUGAAAUGCUUGCUGCAUUGAAGAGGAUAACCACACGUUUAGGCCUCAAUGGGACAAUAGGUGUUGCUGACGCAGAGGUGAUGUACCUUACGUGCACCUUUGAAACUGCCUGGGAGAGGGGUGUUUCUCCUUGGUGUUCUGUUUUCUCAGAAGAAGACCUUAAGGUGUUUGAGUAUUCUGAAGAUCUGAAGUAUUAUUGGGUUGAUGGAUAUGGCUAUGAAUUAACUUACAAACAGGCGUGUCCUGCCCUUAAAGAUAUGAUGGAGCAUUUGCAGCCUAGCUCUGAUAAUGAAAGUGGACAACACACAACUGUUGUUUAUUUUUCACAUUCUGGCACCAUGCUGAAACUGCUGUGUCAUCUAGGACUAUAUAAGGAUUCUGGUGUUUUGCUCCAUAGUAACUAUGACUCAAUGGCCAAUCAGCGCAAGUGGCGUGUUGGAAAAAUUGACAGCUUUGGUUCUAAUUUGGCAUUUGUUCUAUUCCAGUGUGGGAAUGAAGCCAAGUUGAUGACACUGCACCAAGAGCGGCCAGUUGUUCUCCCAGGAUGCCCACAAGAUCUCCUGUGCCCUGUAGCACUGUUUAGACAACUUUAUAGUGAGAGCCUUGAGAACUGCAACUUCCUGGAGAUGUGUGCACUGUGAUACAACCAUUACCCAUAAGUUCAACAAUAUAUUUUUGUAUAUUUUUAGAAUUGACUAAAUGAUUGUGACAGAUUUAUCUGUGUAAACCUUAAAUAUAUUCAGAUUGCUAUUUUAUAAAUUCUGUAUUUGAAACACACAAAUUGGUAUAUUUUCUGUAAAGAGAAAUAGAUUUUCAUGCAUAUUUUUCA